AACUUUUUGACUUAUGUUAAUUCCUCAUGCGCCAUUUAUCUUCUUUUUUAUGGGGCCCAUAUUCUUUUCUUUCUUCACGAUUUCACCCCACUCUUUCCCGAAUUAUAAAAUAUCUGGCCUUUCGUCCAAUUACAGAAUGUUUAUCAUUUUAAAAGUCGGUCCAAAUAUUAAAUGCUUCUUUCAUUAGUUUCUGUCAUUGUUAAUAAAUUAUUUAAAAUCAAGGUGGUUAGUAUUCAUUAAUGUGUUAUAAACAAUUUUGAACAUUUUCUAUAACAAAAAAAAAACAAUUUUGAACAUUAUAUUUUGUACUCCAAUUUUUUCUCAACCGGAGGAGCUAGGAUAAGCGGAUGUUAUGGCUUCCUAGUUAUGGCCACUCAAAUUAUAAUUUCAUGAAACAAAUUGAUUUACAUACAAAUAACUACGAAGCAACAAACUUAUGCAUGGUGGUCUAAACUCUAUAGGACCAAAAACAAAACCAUCAUGCCUAGUAUUAAAUCUGAACAAUAAAAAACAAACAAACAAGUCCAUGCAGGUGAGGUGAAAUUACAAGCGCGUAAUCACCAAACACCAAAACUGGAGCGUGAGGAAAAAGUCGGUAGGUUCAUUGGUAACGUCAGUAGACUAAGGAAGAGAGAGAGAGAGAAAAAAAAGCUAACCAAUCGUGGAACUCAGAGAGAUCUAUCACGAAACCCUAGUUAGUCCAAGAGAGAGGAGGAUUAAACUCUGUUGAAGACGGCGGCGAUGACGUCACCUGACGGGAAGAAACCAAUAUCGAAGAAGACGAGCAGGUGCUGCACGAAGAUGGGGAUGAAGAGAGGACCGUGGACGGUGGAGGAGGACGAGAUACUUGUGAGCUUCAUAAAGAAAGAAGGAGAAGGAAGGUGGAGAUCGCUUCCCAAGAGAGCUGGUUUACUCCGAUGCGGUAAAAGCUGCCGUUUACGGUGGAUGAACUAUCUCCGGCCGUCUGUCAAACGCGGCGGUAUCACCUCCGACGAGGAAGAUCUCAUCCUCCGCCUUCAUCGCCUCCUCGGCAACCGGUGGUCACUGAUCGCGGGAAGGAUACCGGGAAGGACUGAUAAUGAGAUCAAGAACUAUUGGAACACUCAUCUUCGUAAGAAACUCUUAAGACAAGGCAUUGAUCCUCAUACCCACAAGCCUCUUGCUGCAAACAACACUCAUCAACCCGGCCGAGACGAAGUUUCCGGUGGACAAAAUCUUGUCGAGCAUAAUUCUACUUCUCAUACUGCUAAUACCACCGUUAGUAACGGAAAUGGAGCUAGCAAGAUCAGUACCAGCGUCUUUGGUGAUGAAGACGACGAAGACUUUGACUUCUGUUACGAUGACAAGUUCUCUUCCUUUCUGAAUUCCCUUAUAAAUGAUGAUCCUUUUGAUAGUAAUAUUCCAAUAUCCCAGCCGUUUCAGACGCACAAUUGUACCGAUGAGAUCGUUGGAACGUCGUCGAGCUCAGUACAUGACCAGAGACCUGAAGAUAUGUAAUUUGGUUGAUCGUGAUGUCUCUUCAACAUAUAUAUCUACCAUAAUUCGAGAAGUGUAUUCAUGUGAUUUCAAGGUUGGGUAUAUAAAUAUAUGUGUGCUAAGUUGUUUUGUGGUGAUCUGUGUGAUUACAAUAUAACUCUUUUAUGUGUAAUUGAUCACAUAAACCUUUAUAUAUGGUAUAUCUCUUGUAUCAUGUUUCUUUUUCAUGCCUCAUUCGAAUGAAUGAAUUAGUUACAAAGCUUUCUACUUAGAGCAUGAACAUUGUUAAAACUCAAUUGGGUCUUAUAAUAUUUUUUUUAAUAUUUUUUAUUAAAAUGGAAAGAAUAAUGAUGAAACAUAUGUCAGGGAAAAGAUGAGGAAGGAAAAAAUAUUUUUUUUUCUCCAUAUUGAAGAACCAAUCAUAUGCAUCCACCUGUUUUAAAAACGUCUCUUAUGCAUUAUAAUAUAAGCGACGUCUUCUCGAUUAAAAUAAUAAUAUUUAUUUUUAAGAAAUGCUGUAA